UCGACCUCCCUAAUCCAUUUAGUACACUUUUGCUGCUUCUUUCAAUUAAGACGGUAUUAAUAAUAAUGGACGACACUGAACAGAAUAAUCAAAUUGAUUUAGACGAUAUUCUGCCACAGGUCGGAGAAUUUGGAAGGUAUCAAAAGUUGAUGCUGUGGCUGGUUUGUUUACCUGCGUGUAUUCCCUGCGGUUUUUGCGCGUUUAAUCAGUUGUUUAUGGUCGAUGUCCCGGAUCAUUGGUGUCGGAUCGACGAACUGCAAAAUUUCAGCCGGUAUGAACGACGAAAACUUGGCAUACCGUACGGUGACGGCACGUACAGCAGAUGCCAACGGUAUGCUGUGAAUUGGACACGGGUUCUGGAUGAGGAUGUGACAAAUGCAAAUGAGUCUUGGCCGAUCGAAGCGUGUAAAGACGGAUGGGAAUAUGAUUUAUCCGUGGUAUCUUCGAGCAUAGUCAUUGAUUUCGAUUUGGUUUGUGAACGAGACAUUUACCCCACACUCGGUUUGGUAGCUUUGAAUAUCGGCGGACCUAUCGGGGUUUAUGGGUUUGGUAUUUUAAACGAUAAGAUUGGCCGUAAGAAGUCUUUUUUUGCGUGUUUGUUUACACUUCUUGCCGGUAGUAUUAUGACCGCUUGCUCGCCACAAUUUUGGGUUUGGGCUGUUAGUCGUAUAAUUGUAGGACUGACUGUGCCGGCAAUUUACCAGAUCCCUUUCAUUAUAUCCUUGGAACUGGUCGGUCCGAAUUACCGAUCAUUUGUAACCGUAACGACAUGCACAUUUUACACUUUUGGUCUGAUGGCACUUGCAGGUAUCGCCUAUCUAGUCCCCAAUUGGGAACAUCUAACUCUAGUGACCUCGCUUCCAUUCUUAUUGUACGUGAUCUACUGGUACUUUCUGCCCGAAAGUCCGCGAUGGUUAUUGGCGAGAGGAAGAUUUGACGAGGCGCUGAAAAUACUCGAGGUACUCGCGAGAGUUAACCGUUGCGAGCUGCCGGCCAGUUUUCGACAACUGCUCAAACAACGGAUGAUGUUGACCAGAUCGAGGAGCCAGGACUCCGCCAACAGUAAAUGCCCCGACAUCUUUGUCUUAUGUCGCACUCCUAAUAUGCGCCUGAAAACGAUUUUAAUCACGCUGAACUGGUUCGCGAACACAACCGUUUACGUCGGGUUAAGCUACUACGGCCCGGCUUUGGGUGACAAUAAAUAUUUAAGCUUCCUUCUAUCGGCAGCCGUGGAAAUUCCGAGUUAUCUUCUUUGCUGGAUGAUUAUGGAUCGAUGGGGUCGGCGAUGGCCGCUUUGUUUAAGUAUGAUAAUUAGCGGCAUCUGUUGCAUUGCAACAGUAUUACUAUCUGAAGAUGCCACGGUCAGCAUAAUGGUGCUGUACCUGCUAUCCAAGUCUUCAAUAUCUGCCUCAUUUUUAAUUAUGUACCCAUUUGCCGGUGAACUGUACCCGACACAAUUGCGUGGGAUUGGAAUCGGAACCUCCUCCUACAUCGGUGGAAUGGGACUUAUUAUAAUUCCGUUCAUUACAUACUUGGGUUCAGAAAACCUCAUUCUACCCCUGAUGAUCAUGGGUUUUUUCUCGGUAUUCGGAGGCCUACUGGCGCUACGCCUUCCGGAAACGUUACACUACCGUUUACCUCAAACAAUCGAAGAGGGCGAGGAGUUUGGGAAGAACUUUACCGUCCAGGAUUGCUGCAGAUGCAUUCCACUCAAAUUGAAUCCUCCCGUCUUAAGUUCGUUCGAGGAUUUAGAAUUGGACAGAAUAAAAGAGGAGGACGUUGAACAAAUUCCAUUGGAGGCGUCGAGGCGAAUGUCCAUGAGACGAUUGGCACGACAGACUAGUUUUAUGGAUACUCAGAAAGACAGCGAUGGAAGUAUGCAGAUAACUUAUUGGAUGUAAUUGCAAUACAUAAAAUUCAUGUGAA